AAAACUCGUUUAAAAUUUAGAUCCAUUUACGCAAAAUAUUCAGAUUAUUUUUGCGGUUUACGAAUCUCAACACAAUUCUCGGAGUAAAACGGUCCAUUUUAGCAUAAUAAAACAGUUUACUCUUUUUAUCAUUUUUUUAUCUCUACCAAUAUACACUAACCUAUUCAUCGUCGCCCAGUGUAAAGGAAAUCUAUUUAAGUGCGGCGUUUAGGCAGAUCAGUGCCCGAUUAUAGCUUAAUAUCACUCCGGAGACUACAACUGAAAAUGGCUAAUUGUAGUAGCGGUGACUCCAAAUUAGAUGCCGCUGUGGAAAGCUGGCUUAAACAUGAUAAGAAUCCAGCAACGCGUCAAGAAGUGUUGGACGACAUCAAGAAUUCGCGAUGGGACAAGCUGAAGAAGACUAUGAUGAGCCGUCAGAAGUUCGGAACUGCGGGGCUGCGCGGGCGCAUGGGCGCCGGAUACAUGUGCAUGAACGACGUCGUCGUGUUGCAAACCGCUCAGGGUCUGCUGUCCUACAUUCAAAAGGUGUCUGACCACAGCCAUCUUCAGAACGGAAUAGUGGUCGGCUACGAUGGCCGGUAUAACAGCAAACGUUUCGCAGAGCUGACGGCAAAAGUGUUCGUGUCAGCGUCCGUACCGGUGCACUUAUUCUCGAACGUGUGUCCGACUCCGUUCGUGUCGUUCGCAACGAUACUGUACGGUGCGGCAGCGGGCGUCAUGGUGACCGCAUCCCACAACCCGAAAGACGACAACGGGUAUAAAGUGUAUUGGAGAAACGGCUCGCAGGUCAUCACGCCUCAUGACGACAAUAUACUGGACGAGAUCUGGAGCUGCUUAGACAUUCCAGACGAGCAUUGGAAUAUAGAGGAGAUCUGCUCUCACGAAUUAGUAAAAGACUGUCUACAAGAAGUGACAACCAAAUACAUGGAGUUCAUAAGGUCGAGUCUACACGAUGAGGUGUUGCAACAGAAUAAGGCCGCGGAAAUAAAAACCGUGUAUAGCGCGAUGCAUGGAGUCGGAUACCAGGCUAUAUUGAAAGCGUUUGAGGCUGCCAAUUUGAAGGAGCCGAUAAGCGUCGUCGAACAACAGAAUAUUGACCCCGACUUCCCAACGGUGACUUUCCCCAAUCCUGAGGAAAAGGAGUGCCUUGAACUUAGCAAGAAGUUAGCGGAGAAGAAUGGUGUGAAGUUGGUGCUAGUCAACGAUCCAGACGCGGAUAGGCUGGCUGUUGCCGAAUAUGAUGAUGAUCGUAAAGAAUGGAAGGUGUUUACCGGUAACGAGAUGGGUUCACUCCUCGGCUGGUGGGUUCUGGAGCAGCACUGCAAAUACAGCACUCAAGAUGAGCAGCGGUUCGUGCUGGCCAGCAUCGUCAGCUCCAAAAUGCUUCGGGCUAUCGCCAAGGGAAGAGCGGAGUUCGUUGAAACACUUACCGGGUUUAAGUGGAUGGGCAACACGACUCUGCUGCUGCUGCAACAGGGCAACAAGCCGGUGUUCGCGUUCGAGGAGGCCAUCGGGUACAUGUGCAGCCCGCGCGUCCCGGACAAGGACGGCGUGUCCGCCGCCGUGCAGGUGGCGUCACUAGCUUCCAUGCUGUACUCCAAAGGGUCGAGUCUACUGAAGAUGCUGCAGGAGCUGUACGUGCAAUACGGCUUCCACAUCUCGUACAACUCGUAUUUCAUCGUCCACGACCAGGCGGUCAUGCAGAUGAUAUUCAGCAGGAUCAGAAACUACCAUGGACCGGGAAUUUAUCCCAAGAAGGUGGGCUCGUUGGAAGUGAAGUUCCUGAACGAUUUCAGUGCUGAUGUGAAGGUUCCUGACACGGGAAAUGGAUUAGACAGACGCUUGUCGGUACUAGGCACGGGCCUCGAAGGCACAUCAAGCGGCGAGAUGAUCCUGCUGCAGUGCACCAACGGACUCAGCGUGACAGUCCGCACCAGUGGCACGGAACCCAAGCUCAAGUUCUACACCGAGCUAGUCUGCGACGCACCUACAUAUGGGGAACAAGAAGCCAAGAAAGUGGAAUUGGAGAAAAUGGUGAAGGAGUUUAUCGACGAACUCAUUCAGCCCGCAGAGCAUGGACUCGUUUGGCGAAUUUUUUUUUAAUAAUACGUCAUUCAAACACAUAAUAAACAUUUUUUCAAACAUUCCUAAUUCGACAUUUUAAUAUAAAUUUUGUUAUAUUUUGUUUCUCGAAUAAAUAGCUACAUAACGUAGACUACAUGAUAAUUAUUGUAUUUCUGUUGCCAAAGCGUUGUGAAAUUGAUUUCUGUGAUAGUGUUACUUAUUUAUUAAAGUAUGGCUUAGUAAUCUCAGUUACCUCUAAAAGAUGUGUAAAAGCAA